UUCACAGACUCUUGUCAGACAGCAGCCACCGGCUCACCUCUAUCCCCAGGACUUAGAGGGACACAGGGCGUUGGGAACAGAGGACAGUCCAGGCGCUGACCCUGGGAGGCCAGGACCAGGGCCAAAGUCCCGUGGGCAGGAGGAGUCCUCGGAGGUCCUUCAUUCAGCAGUUCCAGGAGGUCUGGGAAGCCCACGGCCUGGCUGGGGCAGCGUCAACGCCGCCAGGCCGCCAUGGUCCUGUGCUGGCUGCUGCUUCUGGUGAUGGCUCUGCCCCCAGGCACGACGAGCGUCAAGGACUGCAUCUUCUGUGAGCUCACUGACUCCACGCAGUGUCCCGGCACCUCCAUGCGCUGUGGCGAUGACGAGGACUGCUUCACAGGCCGGGGGGUUGCCCCAGGCACCGGUCCGGUCAUCAACAAAGGCUGCCUGCGAGCCACCAGCUGCGGCCGGGCGGAACCCGUCAGCUACAGGGGCGUCACCUACAGCCUCACCACCACCUGCUGCACCGGCCGCCUGUGUAACAGAGCUCUGGGCUCCUCAAGCAGCCAGACGGUGGGGGCCACCACCAGCCUGGCACUGGGGCUGGGUAUGCUGCUCCCUCCACGUUUGCUGUGACCAACAGGGAGGACGAGGCCUGGGACUGUUCUCCCAGAUCCGCCACUCCUCACGUCCCCGUCUCCUUCUCCCACUAAAUGGCCAGAGAGGCCCUGGACAACCUCUUGCGGCCCUGGCUUCAUCUCUUCUAAGGCUGUCCACCAGGAGCCCGGUGCUCAGGGAAGCACCCCCAGGCCUGAGUGAGCGGCAGGGGAGCACGGCCUGGGGGUUUGAUUGUACUACUCUAUUCCACCGGUUCUAAGAUGCAGAGCUUCUCACGUUUCAAUCAUUGCUUCUCUCCAUUGGUGGCACCUUAGAGUCCAUGAAAUACGGUAAAAAAAAAAUAUAUAUAUAUAUAUAUCUCUCAUAAUAAAUGACAGCUGAUAUUCAUGGA